GCCCGUAAGAUGAGGUCAGGGCGAAUUUUGGUUUUAUGAAAAAAAUGGCGGGAAAAUCAGUUCCCGAGGCGGGAAGUUUGCACACCUGACAGUUCACCUGACGUCAUUCCACUCGUCAGAUCUGUGUUUUUGUCUUACCAAAGACGUUGUUACACAAUAUCAAUCCGAACUUUAGGCGGAUUUUGACGCCUUUGUUAUAUCUGGUUAUUGUAAUACGGCCGCCCACGCCCCCCUCCCACUUACCCUGGAGGCUUGAGGAUUUGAAAGGUCUAUAACUCCCAGUGUUCUACGCAAGAGCUACUUACAACACACAGGAGCAACAAGUAUAGAUAAGGAAACAUAUCAAGAGCUUAUCGACAUUGCAACAGAACUCUUCAAAGCCAUGAGUCAAGAGGAAUCUUCAGAAGGGGCUACUGCUACCACUUCUAAGACUGACCGGAAGAAGGGAAAGAAGUCGUCCAUUGGCCUGAGUGGAUACAGCUGUGACAAUGAAGAAGAGAUAGAAGACAGUACCGAGACAGGCGACAGACACAAGAAGAUGAGAAAGAGAAAGUUACAGUCUACCAGCGGUGAGUCCUCAUGUGGGUCAAACGACGAGUCAGACCCUGAGGUGGGGAAGAGGAGGAAAAAGAAGAGAAAGAAAGAAGAGACAUCCAUUGAGCCAGUCAAAAACAAGGGCAAGAUGAACGGUUACAGCAGCGAUAAUGAGGAGACUCCACAGAACUCUCCACAGAAGUCAUCCAAGGCAACCUCUAAAGGCACCAAGAAGACUGCAUUAGAAAUUGAGAGCGAGGAAAGUGAUGCUGUAAAAUCAGGAGAUGGGGAACAGGCAGAAGGAGAUGAAGAGAAAAAGGUAGUUGACAACCCUGAAGAGAAACCAGAUGACAAAAGAGAACAAUCGGAAGAAGAAAUGUCAGAAGAAGAGAAGGGAGAGGAUGAUUCCAAAGGGCCAGAGAAGAUGACUUCAGAUGAGGAUCAGUCAGAUAGGUCACCCUCAAGUCACAAGAAAGGAAAAUUUAAGAAGUCAAGUGAUGAGUCUUCUGUCUCAGACGAUGAACCACGUUUGAAGAAAAGGCAAGAGAAGAAUCGGGAGUCAAAAGAUAAGUCCUCGGACUCGGUUGAUGAGCAAGUUUCAAAGAAGAAGAAGAGGCAAGUAAAGAAUAAGAAUUCAAGUGAUGAGUCUUCCGAUGAUGAUGAACCGCUGUCAAAACAUAAGAGUAGAAAAAGACAAACAAAAAGUCAGAAGUCAAAAGAAGAGUCCUCAGACUCCGAUGAUGAGCCACUUACGAAGAUCAAGGAAAGACAAAAGAAGACUAAGAAGUCAAGUGAUGAUUCUUCAGAUUCAGAUGAUGAAAAACUGUCGAAGAAAAAGAAGAAAAGGCAAGUGAGAAGCCAGAAGUCAAAAGAAGAGUCCUCAGGCUCAGAUGAUGCAGAGACAUGUUCAAAGAACAAGGAAAGACAAAAGAAGAAGGAGGAAUCAAGUGAUGGGUCUUCAGAUUCAGAUGAUGAACCUCGGGCAAAGGAGCACAAGAGGAAGAGUCAAGGAAAAAGUCAGAAGUCAAAAGAAGAGUCUUCAGUCUCUGAUAAUGAGCAACAGUUGAAGAAAAACAAGAAAAGGGAAGCAAAAAAACAGAAAUCAAAAGAAGAGUCCUCAGACUCAGAUGACGAGCCAGUUUCAAGGAUAAAGAAAAACUCGAAGAAGUCGGAGGCAUCAGACUCGGAUGAGCAGCCACCGAUCCCUAAGACAAGUGGAAGCAGUGAAAAGGAGAACAGGAAGAGGAAGUCUGACUCCUCAGACUCCAGGGGAAGGAAGGAGAAGACAAGACAGCCAGGUGUGAAGAACAGGAACACAGGAGCAGAUGCAUCAGUCAGUGAUAGUUCAUCAGACUCCUCAGGACCGGACGACAGGCAUCCGAUUCCUAAGAAAGGCACCAGCAGUGAAGAAAAAAGGAGUAGUGGUGGUGGGAAGAAAAAAGAGGGACGCAGGCCAAAGAAUGAGUCUGAACAGCCAGGCAAGACCAAAAGUGCCGAGCAACAGGAGGCAAAGAUCGAGCGUUUGAAGCGUUACGUCCGUGCGUGUGGCGUGCGCAUCCCGAACUACAAGAAACUGUUCGAAGGCUGCUCUCGUAACAAGCAGAAGAUUGCACGUUUGGAGGAGGAACUUGUGAGGCUUGGUGUAGAAGGUAAGCCCUCACUAGAGAAGUGUAAGAAAGUUAAGGAACGUCGGGAGGAAGAGAAGGAAUUGGCUGCACUGGAUGCUGACAACAUCAUCACCUCGGACAGAGGCCGUCCCAAGAGGAAUGUGCACAGCGUGUAUCUGAAAAAGAGUCCAGGGAAAACUAAGCAGGUAGAGGAAGACUCUGAGUCCGAAGAAGAAAGUACAAAUGGGAACAACCUGUUUGCCAACCUGAAUGGGAUCAUCAGCGAUGAUGGGAGUGACUAAAUCAUCCUAAAGGAUUCCUAAAAAAGGCUCUUUCCUAUACCUUAAAGGCUAUAAAAUUGUACUGCUGUUGAAACGUUACAGUUAUGUUUUCAUGAAUGGUUGAGUGUAUCGAAAUUUGAAUUUCUUUUGGAAUUUGUUGUUUGACACAUUAUUGAUGAAGUCCAUCAUGAAUGAGAGAUUCUUAAAUAUGUAAGAAGUAAAGUAAGUAAUUAUGUGAAGUUAUAUGAGUAAAGGAUAUGAAAGAUUCCAUUAUUACAUACUUUUUGAGGUGGCCAUUCGUUAAGAAGUUAUGGACGAGAUCAAAAUCAUUUAGAGAAAUUUGCUGUCUUUAUAUUCUGCUAGAUACAUUUUUGAGAGUUUUUGAAAGUUGCAUUUAGAGUUGUAAAAAAAGCAUACAUUUUCAAAUUACGCUUGAUAUAUCUCUUACAGUCUCUGAAUAGAGCUCUUCAUUCAUAGCAUCUUAUUUACCUGUUGUCUGAUUGUGGAACUGAGAAUUCAACUUUGGGUUUUCUGUGGUUGAGUUGACAUAGUGUAUGAAGAUAUCCAACUACCAUCAUUUGCUUGAGUUGCAAAUAAAACAUCAUACCAACACCAUGUA